ACGGGGCGCGGGGGGGAGCCCCGGGGCCGGGAGCCGGAGCCCGAGCCAUGCUGGGCAAAGGCGUGAAGCGCCCGCGCGGGGAGAUGGAGGGCGGCGAGACGGAGCCCCGAGACCCCAGCGCCGCCCCGGCCACCUCCUUGUUCAACAUCUCCAUGGUGAAGCUGCACCAGAGCCUGCGGCGCGUGGAGCCCAACCUGCGGCACUUGGUGCUGGUGGCCAACACCUUGCGCCGGAUGCAGGAGCAGAUGCAGCGGGAGGCUGGGGGGCCGGCGGCCCCGGACAGCCCCGAGGCCCCGCCCGCGGUGGAUUCUCCUGCCCCCGUCUCAGACUCCAGGGACAGUGGGCUGGAGCCCUGCCGGCCGCCACCCUCCGACAAGCAGGGGGACGAUCUCCUCCUCUCCACCAUGGACACCUCCAUCUCCACCAUCCUGGAGGACCUGGGUCAGGUGGAGGCGCUGAGCCCCGCCCGGCCCGAAGAGGAGCAGCCUUUGGCCGGCGCGUCUGGAGCCAGGCAGGAGCCGGCUAGGACCUCAGCCCCUUGCUUGGGCCCCCUGGAGCUGCUCAGCUCGGCCAGCUACCUGCUGGAGGACGGCCUGGAGGACAUCUUCGAGGACAUCGACACCUCCAUGUACGACUGCGACCUGUGGUCGCCCACCAGCCUCUCCGGCUUCAAGGCUUUCUCCGGUGCGGAGGACUCGGACAGCAAGGCGCUCGCCGGCGCCGAAGACCGGCUGGACAUGAGCGACCUGGACUACCUGAUGGACGUGCUCGUGGGGGGUCACGCGCUCUGAGGGCGGGGAGGGGGUGACAGUAUUAAAUACCCCUGCUCUAAUUUAUUAGGGGCCCGAUCCUCAGCUGUCAGUGGAGCCGGCUGAUACCUGCUGCAGACCCGGCCCUAUGUGCCUCGGCCUGAAUUCUCAGCCAGGCUCGGGACCCCCUGCCCUGCCCUGGGGUGGCGUUGGCCCCCUGAG